AUGCAGCAACAAGUAGAAGGGUAUGCACCUGAUGAUGAUGCUGAUGAGCAAGAGCUGCAGCAGCAGCAGCAGCAGCAGCAGCAGCAGCAGCAGCAGCAGCAGGAAGAUGAGGAAUCAGAAACAGAUGCAACCGCCACAGAAACAACAACAACAACAACAGCAGCAGCAGCAGCAGCAGCAGCAGGUCAGCAGCAGCAGCAGCAGCAGCAGCAGCAGCAAGAAGAAGAAGAGACGGAGUGGUGGAUGUGUGAUGGUUGCGGCAAAGGAAUACCAGGAGGAAAGAAAAGGUUUGACUGCACUGAGUCCGCCGAAAAAUUUCCAGGGCGUCACCGCAGCAGCAGACAGCAGCAGCAGCAGCAGCAGCAGCAGCAGCAGCAGCAGCAGCAGCAGCAAGUAUAG